AUGGUAGGGAAGAAAGACGCUUUUGCGUCGAGACCCACGGUGCACUUGCAGGUGAGACUUCGGCUGGUGUGUUUGUGUGCGGGUCUGGCUUUGCCUGGCCGCGCGGCUUGUUUGCCCAAGGAAUCGUGUCCCAUCACAGUCUUAUACAUAGGCAAAACGAUAAAAGUUCGACGAGAAAAGCGUCAAAUUUCCAAUGUUCCAAAAGUCUAGGUUCGGCAGUGUAUAAAGCGAUAACAGAGCAACGAAGAACGUUCUCCAACAACUGAAAAGCGAAGAUAUUGCCGAGUUUUGCGUAACCCGACAGCUCUGGAUGGAUUUUGAAUUUUUUCAUUAAAUUAUUAAUACUUCCAUAUGAGGUGAAUAAUCUCCAUUCAUCUUCUACUUUUUCACUGUCUUCCUUCUUUGAAAAUAAGCCCAAGAUUGAGUAUAGUAAUUGACCGAAAAAUUCUAGAUAUCGUACUUGGCAUAAAUGCUCACACAUUUUUUCGACCCACCAAAAAAUUCAGGAAUACAAAAAUUAAUAAAGAUUUUUUCUCAUAAAAGAAAAAAACGAAAAGAAAAGUUUGUCAGCAAAACUAGUGGGUGAAACAGGACUAAGUCCAGCGGGGGAGGCGAAAAGAGCAAACGCAUCAGACGUACGGGGCUGAAAUCGGAUACUCCUACGACGGUGCGGCGGACCUCCGGCGGUUCGGAGAGCCAAAACAUAGGCUCGAAGCCGACGACAUCUGCGGAGAUCCGCAGCGGCUUCUUUUCUCGGAGGCGCCGAAUAUUGUCCAGCCAAAGUCAGUGCAAAGUUCUCCGGAGUGUACCAAAGUCCAUUAG